AGUGAUGGUACGUUCCUAAGGGAAGAGUGUCACUCCAGUUUUCACUCCAGCACUGCAAGUUUGGUGAGACACAUCUGUGAAAAUGUCCUGCGUUAAAGAGGAAUGUGAGGAUAUCAGUGUCACAGAGGCGUCUGGACUGAAGACAGAAGACGAGGAGGUGAAACAAGAACGAAAUUUCCAAGAUGACAUUAAAGAGGAGUUCAAACAGGAACUGAAGUCAUUUGAGGACGAAUAUUGUGCGUUGAAAUCUCAGCAGACUGGUGAUUGUGAAGAGAACUUCAUUGAUUCCUCCCACCAGAAGGAUCACCUGAGAAUUCAUGCUGGAGAAGAAGUUUUCAGCUGUUCUCAGUGUGGGAAGAGCUUCACCUCUGAGAGAGCUCUGAAAUGCGACAUGGACGUCCAUGACGGAACGAGACCUCAUCAGUGCUCUGAGUGUGAAAAGAGUUUCAAACUCCCAAGAGAUUCAAGACAACACAAGAAGAUUCAUACUGGAGAAAAAACGUUCACCUGCUCUGAAUGCGGUAAAGGUUUUACAACCUCACAAAACCUUGAAGUCCACAUGACAGUACAUACUGGGAAAAAAGCCUUCAUCUGCAUUCAGUGCGGAAAAGCUUGUUCAAAUUUAAGCCACCUGAAAAGCCACAUGUCGAUUCAUACCAGAGAAAAACCAUUUGUCUGCUCUGAGUGUGGAAAAGGUUUUGUAAAAUCAGGUGACCUUAAAAGACACAUGUUGAUUCAUACCGGCGAAAAGCCUUUUACCUGCUCGGAGUGCGGAAAACGUUUUACAUUGUCAUGUCAGCUUAAAACCCACAUGAUGACUCAUACUGGAGAAAAGCCUUUUGCCUGCACUCAGUGCGGAGCAAGUUUCACCACUUCGAGGGCUUUAGCAGGUCACAGGUACAGACAUACUGGAAACAAACCCCAUCAGUGCUCACAGUGUGAGAAGAGCUUUGUACGUGUUUCAGAGUUAAAACUACAUCAAACAGUUCACACUGGAGAAAGGCCUUUCGUCUGUUCCCAGUGCGGUAAGACAUUUAGAAUAAAGAGCAGCCUUGAACUCCAUAUGAUGAUUCAUACUGGAGAAAGGCCUUUCGCCUGUUCUCAGUGCGGUGAGACAUUUAGAAUAAAGAGAAACCUUCAACACCACAUGUUUAUUCAUACUGGAGAGAAGGCUUUCUCUUGCACUCAGUGUGGGAAGAGCUUUUUUACAUCAUCUCACUACAAAACCCACAUGAUGAUUCAUACUGGAGAAAAACCAUUUGCCUGCUCUGAGUGCAAAAAAGGUUUUGCAAAAUCAAGUGACCUUAAAAGACACAUGAAGAUUCAUACCGGAGAAAAGCCUUUUACCUGCUCGGAGUGCGGAAAAGGUUUUACAUUGUCAGAUCAGCUUAAAACCCACAUGAAGAUUCAUACUGGAGAAAGGGCUUUUGCCUGCACUCAGUGCAGAGCAAGUUUCAGCACUUCGAGUGCUUUAGCAGAUCACAUGUACACACAUACCGGAAACAAACCGCAUCAGUGCUCACAGUGCGAGAAGAGCUUUGUACAUGUCUCAGAUUUAGAACUACAUCAAACAGUUCAUACUGGAGAAAAGCCUUUCGUCUGUUCUCAGUGUGGGAAGAGCUUCACCACUGAGAGAGCUCUGAAACGCCACAUGGAUGUCCAUGAAGGACAGAAAUCUCAUCAGUACUCUCAGUGUGAAAAGAGUUUCAAACUUUCAAGAGACUUAAGACGACACAAGAACAUUCAUACUGGAGAAAAAACGUUCACCUGCUCUGAAUGCGGUAAAGGUUUUACAACCUCGCAAAACCUUGAAAUCCACAUGACUGUACAUACUGGGAAACAAGCCUUCAUCUGCACUCAGUGCGGAAAAGCUUGUUCAAAUUCAAGCCACCUGAAUGCCCACAUGUCAAUUCAUACCGGAGAGAAGGCUUUUUCCUGCACUCAGUGUGGGAGGAGCUUUUUUACAUCAUCUCAGUACAAAACCCACAUGAUGAUUCAUACCGGAGAAAAACCAUUUGUCUGCUCUGAGUGUGGAAAAGGUUUUGCAACAUCAGGUGGCCUUAAAACACACAUGAUGAUUCAUACCGGAGAAAAGCCUUUUACCUGCUCGGAGUGCGGAAAACGUUUUAUAUUGUCAGGUCACCUAAAAACCCACAUGAUGACACAUACUGGAGAAAAGCCUUUCACCUGCACUCAGUGCGGAGCAAGUUUCACCACUUCGAGGGCUUUAGCAGGUCACAUGUACAUACAUACCGGAAACAAACCCCUUCAGUGCUCACAGUGCGAGAAGAGGUUUGUACAGGUUUCAGCGUUAAAAGUACAUCAAACAGUUCACACUGGAGAAAAGCCUUUCGUCUGUUCUCAGUGCGGUAAGACAUUUAGACUAAAGAGAAACCUUCAAAUCCACAUGAUGAUUCAUACUGGAGAAAGGCCUUUCGCCUGUUCUCAAUGCGGUGAGACAUUUAGAAUAAAGAGAAGCCUUCAACACCACAUGUUUAUUCAUACUGGAGAGAAGGCUUUCUCUUGCACUCAGUGUGGGAAGAGCUUUUUUACAUCAUCUCACUACAAAACCCACAUGAUGAUUCAUACUGGAGAAAAACCAUUUGCCUGCUCUGAGUGCGAAAAAGGUUUUGCAAAAUCAAGCGACCUUAAAAGACACAUGAAGAUUCAUACCGGAGAAAAGCCUUUUACCUGCUCGGAGUGCGGAAAAUGUUUUACAUUGUCAGGUCAGCUUAAAAGACACAUGAAGAUUCAUACUGGAGAAAAGCCUUUUGCCUGCACUCAGUGAGGAGCAAGUUUCAGCACUUCGAGUACUUUAGCAGGUCACAUGUACAGACAUACCGGAAACAAACCGCAUCAGUGCUCACAGUGCGAGAAGAGCUUUGUAUGUGUUUCAGAUUUAAAACUACAUCAAACAGUUCAUACUGGAGAAAAGCCUUUCGUCUGUUCUUAGUGCGGUAAGACAUUUAGACUAAAGAAAUGCCUUGAACUCCACAUGAUGAUUCAUACUGGAGAAAGGCCUUUGGCCUUCUCUGAAUGCGGUAAAGCUUUUUCAAAAUCGACCAACAUUAAAAAGCACAUGGAGAUUCAUACACGUGAAAAGCUUUCUAACUGUUCUUAGAGUGGAAAGAUUUAAGAAACAGAAAACCUUUCACAAUCACAUGAUGGUUCACAUCAACUUAAGCUUUUUAUUUGUACCUGACUGUCCAGCAUGAUGCUUCAUGAAGAAGAGAAGUUGAGUUGGUUAAAUAGCCUAUAACAUUGCGAUUUGUGUUGACACCCCUAGUCUGUAGCCUGCUCUACUCGUCUGAUCGUUCUAACUAGCUGUUACUAUUGAAAGACAUGGGUUCUGUAACAUCUGGCGUAAAGCUAACACUGCAUUCCACUAUCAGAUCAUACAAACAGUGAAACAUGGUGGUGGUAGUGUGAAGACCUGGGUCUGCUUUGCUUCUGCAGGACCGGGAUGACUUGUCAAAAUUGAUGAAACCAUGAUUUCUGCUCUUUGUAGGAGAAUCCUUAAGAGAAUGUCCACCCGUCAGUUUGUGAUCUCAAGCUCAUUUGGGUUAUGCAGCAGGACAGUGAUCCAAAGCACACAACCACGUCCAUCUCUGAAUGGCUCAAAAGAAACCAAACGAAAGUUUUGAAGUGACCGAGUCAAAGUCCUGACUUGAAUCCCACUGAGAUGCUAUGGCUAGACAUUAAACGGACAGUUGACGCUCAAAAUCCCUACAAUGUAGCCAAAUUAAAACAAUUCUGCAAAGAAGAGUGAGCCAGAAUUCCUCCACUGUGAUAUAAAGGACUCAUUGCAAGUUUUUGACUGCAGUUGUUUCUGCCGAGGGCAGCACAACCUGUUACUAGGUUUAGGGGGCAGUUUCUUUUUCACGUGGGUGAUAUAGGUUUUGAAUACAUGUUUACCUUCAAUAAAUGGAAUGAUCAUUUAAAAUCUGCCUUUUGUGUUUACUUGUGUUGUCUUUAUCUUAGAAUUUGUUGGAUGAUCUGAAACAUUUAAAUGUGACAAAUUAGCGAAAAUAGAGGAGUGAGGUGCAAAUACGUUUUCACAGCAUUGUAGACAAUUUAUCAGUGAUUUAAACAUGCAGUUUACAAAGUCACCACUUCACCAACCGUUCACCAGCACUGACCAACUGCUCUUGAGAAGACGU